AUGCCUCCGAUAGAAAGAGAGAGAGACACAGCGAGAGAGAGAGGGAGAGGGAGGACUGGGGAUCUCAGUGUCAUUGCUGCAGAUCCUCGAUUUCAUGAGUGGGGAAGGAGAAAGAGAGAGAGCAGAGAGCAACAUGCGUUUUUUGAGGUUAACGAGUUACCCCACGGGGUUGGUGAACAGAGGAUGUCUGAGAGAGAUUUCAGAAAUUUGGAUCGUUGCAAGAAGAAGCUGGUUCUAUGCCGUUUUGAGAUUGAUCGAGAUGAUGUCGCUUCAUUCUCUAAUACCAUACCAGCCAGCAAACAAGCUCCAAAUCAGGGAGAACCACAUUCGUUCCAAUUCACAAAAACAAAUCAGGAGAUCCCAAAGCAAUGGUUCAAUUUGAUUGACCUUGAUCAACUUCAUAAGAGAAUCAACAACGAUGUUGAACUUACAGAUGUGUUUGGUCAUUUAACGGCUGUGCAGCCGAUUGAAGACGUGACUGUCCAAAGCUCAAGAAUUGCGAAGAAGAGGAAUCUUAACUUGCAAGACAUCAGGGGCGAAACGAUUAGGAUCACCUUAUGGGGAGAAGCUGCAACAACUUUUGAGGACAGUGGAAUAAAAUCCCUUCCACCACCUAUCUUCCUUGCUGUAACAAGCCUCAAAGUCAAAGAAUACCGAGGAAACCCUGUUCUUGGAAGCACUGGAUCAACUGUUUGUAUUUUCAAUCCAGAGAUUCCACAGCUCACCCAAUACAAACAAAAGUUUAAGGAUCUGAAAUCACCUGUUCAAACCUUACGCACCUCAGCGGAAAUGUAUGCAGACCGUGCUGUUAGUCCUAAUUUUGAGUCCAAAACAAUUGAUGAGCUCCUUCUACUUGAUCCUGCUUUGCACAAAAAUGUAAGUUUUGAAUGCAAAGCGACUGUCAUUGGAUUUGAUUUGAGUAGAGGUUGGUGGUACAAGUCGUGCCCAUUCUGCCAUAAAGCUGUCAAAAAAACUUCCGGAGCAUUUCAGUGCAAUGAACAUGGUUCAUUUAACAGGUUACCUGAACCAUGGUUCAAAAUCAAUCUUAUAGUGGAAGAUAGCACAAAUCAGCACAAUUUCCUCAUGUUAGGAAGGAACGCUGAAAAGAUACUUCAUGUUUCUUGCCACACUUUGGUAAUAGAAGACGGAUAUGACGAUCCCUUCAUGGUGCCACCACCUCUAAAAAAAUUGGUGGGCGAGACAAAAAGAUUUUUGCUAUCUUUUGGCAAUCAAAACAGUGAUUUUAGGAAGACAGACUUCAUCAUUUAUGGAUUGCUUCAAGAUCAGCUGCCCUUGAACACAGCAAUUGCCUCAAUCGACCCACAAACGCCUACUGCCACUGCAGGAAAACAAAUUAUAACUGAAGCGACUCCUGCCCCAGUGACACCUUCCCAGCGGCCAGAUCACCAUCCCCAAUCGGUUGUACCUCUCAAAACUUCAAAGAGACCAUUGUUCAUUGAUCAAGCAGACAAACCAGACAGCAAAAAAACUCGCACUGAGCAAAUAGAGGUAACCAAUUCUGCUAGAAUUGCCAGAGAAUUCCACAAACUGGUUGUCCCUAAGAUUGAGCCCGCCGAUAAAGAACCGAUAGCUGCGCUCAAAACAAAGUCUCAAACCAAAAAAACCAAGGAUAGUGCUCAAGAUGUUCGCCCACCAAAAAAGUGAAUGACUACAUUCUCCGUGAUGAAUUGCUACAAAGUUACUCUGCAGUUUUUUGCCUUUAAAACAUGUGUAGCUGAAAACUUAGUCAAAACAUUUUUUUGAGCUUUUUGUAACUGCUUAAACAGGUUUCUAGGCUGCAGGGCAUGUAUUUUGUCACCUUAACUAUAGGGACAAAAUAUGUGUGGACUGCAUCUUCCUUUUGUAACUAAUGGAAAACUGCAUCCUGCAUCUUUAUUCCUUUGAACAUUUGGCUUUCUUUUUUGUAACUACUUAAACAGAUGCUUAGACUGCAGGUCAUCUAUUUUGUCAUUAUAACUACAGGGGCAAAAUAUGUGUGUCCUCUUUCUGUAACUAAUGAAAACAAGCAUAUUGCAUCUUUGUUGCUUUCAACAUUUAUGCUUGGAAGAAUAACUGCAAAAACAAAAACAACCUUAUCUU